CUCUCUCCUCGUGGGUCCCACCUGUCAAUCUAGUCACCUUCCCCGUCCUCUCUCGCCGCACCCCUAUUUGCUCCCAACUUCCCGCCCCUCUUGUUUCUCCCCCUUUCUCCGCCUCCGCCGCCACCACGGGGAACGCGACGCGGCACCCCCGUGAAUGCCGAUGACCUCAGCUUCACAGGAGGAGCUCCCCCAGGAGGCAGGGGCCGCUAACGAUGAGAUGCGGGAGAGGGAGGGGGUUGACGCCGAAGUGCGGCAGUUACCGGACCAGGUGCUGCGGGACAAGGCCCAGUGCAUUCAGGAUAUGUUUGACAGAGGAACGGCCGGUCGCCUCCCGGACCGCGGCCAGAAGUUGCGCUUGUUGCUCGAUGCCAUGCACCGGGAGCUCAAUCGCCGCCAGCCCCCCCGCGGCGGGGCACGAGCGCCGGGUGGUGAUGGAUGCGAAAGGAUAGUCCUAUCAAACUGUGCUGAAUCUUCUGUGUGGCAGUUAUCAGACCAGGUGCUGCGGGUCAAGGCUCGGCGCAUGCAGGAUAUUUUUGACAAAGGAUUGGCCAACCGCCUCCCGGACCGCGGCAAGAAGUUGCUCUUGGCGCACGAUGCCCUGCGCCGGGAGCUCAAUCGCCGCCGGGCCCUCCGCGGCGGGGCACGAGCGCCGGGUGGUGAUGGAUGCGAAAGGAUAGUCCUAUCAAACUAUGCUAAAUCAUCUGACGAGGAGCCGUUCGAGAACUUUCAAGAUCAAGACUUUGAGGACUUCGAGCAGCAGCAAGUAACUGAGGAAGAGCAAGAUCAGUUUGAGGAGUACCCAGAGGAUAUUCAGGACUUAUAGGCGCAUGUUUUCCCCAGUCAGCUAUCUGUGGAGUUGGAGUAUCCACUGCUAGAAUAAAUGCGAACUGAAACACUUAUUUAUUUAUAUUUAUGACUUUCGAUUUGGUUUGCAAUAAAUUUAACUUCGGUACUUUAUGACAUUGCUACUGUUAUUCACUAUUGUCGUCAUAUGUGUGUAAUUUUGAUCUUGACGCACAUAUGAUUUAUUGCUUGGUUUAUUCCUUCAAAACUGUGCGGGACAUUGAUGUUAUUUAAUUUGAUCGCCAUGGGACAAUAAGAAAUGCUGAUGCACCCUUACAUUAAACAUAAUAAACCUUCGUGUGAGAACAACUUUAAUAUUACCGACUUCGACGACAUAGGUGUUGAGUGUACAUUUGAUUUUACCCUUUUGUCUAUAAGAAAUUUCAAGUUUGUACACGCGCUGGUCUCAAUAUGUUAAAUCUUUCAUGUGCACAGUAGUGAAGCGCAUGCUUAAAAAAUCUUGAAUUCAUCCUUUGUGUAGAGAAGAAAAUAAAACAAGUAGUUGAUCGUAUAUGCAAGUAAUGCACUUGUGAUAUGCUUCCCAUGUUGAUAGCCACCCACUUGUACAUAUGGUGCACUGCAUGUUGUAUGUAGUUGCAUUUGAAAAAAGUAAAAAUAUCCAUGGUGCAGUAACAUGAGUACUGUACCGUUGCACUACACACAUGCGUUGCUAGAAUUUGUGCUACUCCUCAAUUCUGAAAUAUUGCAUGUUAUAUAUUUUUUCUGAAGUUUUUUGAUGCACUGCAUUUCGUGCACCGUAGAAUGUGCUAUAUUUGAUUGUGGACUCCUGGAGGAGAUAUAAAGGACUGUAUGUAUGGGAGACAUGGUGAUAGCAUGCCUUUUUAUGCAGUUUUAACAGUAUUGGUUAAUGGAAGUGUUGCAGUAAAUUUAUUUCUACAUGACCACAUCUCAUGCAUGCCUUAUAAGUGUAAUUUAGCUGCUGAUUCUAUUUCUCAUCCUGUGGAUUUUGUUGUUGCAUUGAGCUAUCUAACUGACUUUCGUUAGGAAGGGAGCUGAUCCAGCUAACUUUUCAAUGCGAUUGAGAUCAAGAAAGGUUAGUAUGGACUUUCGACAUUUCUCGCCAUCUUGAUUCUGUACAUUAGUUAUUUUUGUUCAGAAGACUACUAUAUUUAUUUUGCAUUUGUCAAAUAUUUUAGUUCAGAGCACUGUACUAUAACUGGCAGAUCCGCAAACGUUCUGUUUUUGGAAGCGGAUUAGGCAA